AAAUGGAUGCAAGUAGACGUCAAACCGUUGAUCACUGUUCUUGUUAUUUAUAACCUAAAACAUUUAUUUGUUUACAGCAAUUCGAAAUAUUCGCUUAUUUCGCUUUGUUGCCUCAAUUAAAUCAAUUUCUAUGUUAAUAAAUUGAUUCGAAGUGUAAAGGUGUGUUUCUUCGUGUAGGUGCCGUAUAAUACAAUGUGUAAGGUUUAGUAAUAAUCAUACGAGUUAUUUUAAAGUGAUAGAGAUGGAAACAACGAAAGGAGAUGCUUCGGACGAAGAUGUUCCCAGCGAUUUCUUCGACGAUUUCAAUAAAGACGAGUUCAUGGAGGGUCUGCAGGUGAUCGACAGUUGGGACGACAAGGAGAAGAAACGCCGGAUGUCGCGCAUCGAUACGGAGGCGUUGGACAGCGUGAAGGACCUUCGCGAGCUGAUCGACGACCGACACAGCAAGGAUCGCCACGGCAACGACCGGCAGCGCAGGAAGGACGACCUCGACGAGUACAUCAAACCGGGCAGUCGCCGCGACCCCAACAAGACGAAGGAAGCCAUCAAACGCGACAAGGAAGUCAAGGUCAAGGAGUUCCUCGCCAAGAGUUUGGACUCCACGGACGAGCUGAAGCCGCCCGGGACGGAGCUGGACGACUUUUUUGAAGAAAACAAGGCCCCGAAACCGCCGCCGGAGGAGACGCCGCUGAAAAAGAAGCGUUCGAGAUCGAAAGAGCGUCAUCAGUCACCGGUCAAACACCAACGGAGGAGUCCCCGUCGGAGCCCAACACGUCGCAGCCCAGCACGACGUAGCCCGGGCCGCCGCAGCCCUGGACGCCGAAGCCCCCGUCGGAGCCCGCGGCGCAGUCCUAGAUGGUCGCCGGGUCGACGCGGCGCGUCACCUUUCCGCAUGAAACACCAGUUCUACAAGCCGCGGUGGAUCGCCCCCAUGAACCGGCACUUCAGCCCGCGCCGCAGCCCCCGCCGCAGCCCGCGCCGCAGCCCCCGCCGGCGCUACUCGCGCUCGCCGCCGCCGCGCCGCUACUCCCGCCGCUCACGCUCGUCGUCCAGAGAACGAGACAGAGACAGCUUCCUUUACCCUAGAGAAUCUAAACUUGACUAUCCACAUUUUGACAUUCCCGACCCGCAGUUCUCUCAAGUACAUCCCGGGUCGAUUCCGGGCUACCCGUACCCUCAGAUGCCCCAGGAAUAUCCUCCGGGGUAUACUGGUCCUCCAUUUAACUUUCUGGCUCCCGGGCAGCCCCCGGCUCCGGGUGUUCAAGUAACGUUUCCAAAUUCAGCACCUGCACCUCAACCUGUACCCGCACCUAUGAUGAAUCCGGCGGCGCCUCCGAUGAUGAAUCCGGUGCCACCUCCGAUGAUGAACCCGGUGCCGCCGAUGAUGAAUCCUGUCCCUCCUCCGGCUAUGGUCCCGGCCCCGACACAAGUACCUCUUCCAGAGAAACCUCCGCUUCCCACUCCUAUUAAGAAUGUCACUAAACCGUUUGAUGCACUGGCUCAAUUAGUGGCAGAAGGCAAAAUUAGUCAGGAGGACUAUUUAAAGCUGGCACCAACAAAGGUCACCAGUAUGGACACAAACAAAAGAGUAAUGGUGUUGAAUCGGUGUACCUCGUCACUCAGCAAGUUGUCACACUUGAUGCUGCCGAACCGUCUGGUAAUGAACAACAGCAUGGUGGGCCCGGAGCAGAAGAGCCUCGUCCCUAAAUACUGUUCUCCGCUGAAACGUCAAGGCGCCGUCGAGUUCCACUUCACGAAGAUGAGCGGGCGAGCCACAGCACAGCAGAAUAAGCAGUUAGUGAACAGUAUCAUCAACACGCUAGGAUUGGAGAAGGUGGUGGGGAGACAGAAGAUAAAGGUGCCUAAAGACAUGAAGGAUGCGGCGUGUCAGACCAGCAAGCCGUACUGCGACGUCUGCGAGAUCCGGGCGUCGACGCGGCACUGCGACGCAAGCACCAGUGUGGACGCGGAGUUUAUCUGUUCAUCAGUGCAUACACAAGUGGUAGAGCAGGACCUUAUUAGUUCUAAAGCGGUGUUCGCUCCGAGCGGCAGUAUAGCAGACGGUGCGCCUAUCUCUAUCGCUCACAUGACGCCGGCGCAGCUCGUCUCGCAGCUUGCCGCUCGGGCCAAGACCUUGAAACAGACUGAUCCUGUCCCUCCUAACGCUAACCAAUAUAUGAGACGACCGAACUACGAUCAACAGUAUGAUCAACAGUAUGAUCAGCAGUAUCAGAAUAACUAUAAUAAUUAUCGAUAUUAACCUUUUGGCUAAUAUCCAUAUCCAUACGCCUCACAGAAGAUUUAGGUAACUCAAUUUCCAAUGGUGGCAAUUCCAAAGUCAGGCUGAUUGUUGGUCUUCAUUAAAAUCAGUAUUUUUCACACUUGAUUUGAAUGGAGGGGAUUUCCUAUUAGCAGUCACAAAAUUAUUUGCAUUAUUUGUGGUUAAUUAAGAAUAUUUCGAUAGACUUAUAGUUAAAUAUGUUUAUGUAUUUUCUAUCAAGUGUGCUAAAUUCGAUACUUUACUUACGAGUAAGUUUUAUUUCUUUUAUUAUGCCUGGGUUGAGUGAGUUAUUUGGUGUAUUUACAUUUGUCCCUACCCUUUGUGACCACCGCCACAUAUGAGACGGGGAGCGGGGACAAAU